CGGCGGUCAAGUGACGUCCCUUGACGAGGUCGCUGCUGCCAGUCACGUGAUUCAGGGGCGAGGAGGGGAAGUGUCGAUGUUGCAAACUUCCUAAAUCCCAACUCAAAAUGACCACAGCCGCCCUGACCCAGGGUCUCGAGCGGAUCCCCGACCAGCUGGGUUACCUGGUGAUCAGUGAAGAAGGCGUCUUAGCGUCGGCCGGGGAGUUAGAGAACGACGAGCACACGGCUGGAGUCAUUAUGCAAAUGGUGCGGACAGCAUGUCGCUUCCGGUUGCAGGGCGCCGCUGAACCACCCUUCAAACGUAUUUCAGUCAUGCUGGAAGACUUUGUCUACACCGUGACGGUAUCGGGGCAGAAGGUGUUUGUGGUGAAGCGGCAGAACAACCAGCAUGCCCCUGUGACCGUCUAGCGCCACCUAGGUUCCAACGGGGAGAACGUAGAGGAACCAGCACCGGGCAUGUCAGAAGUGUACACACUGGACUAUGCCAUUGCCCUUAGUUUGUCUUUCAAAACGUAUACGUAAUAAGAGCAUUUGGAAGCCAAAGUGAUUGUGGCCGACGGGGGCGGAGUCCCAAAAGAACUGCGGGGAAGACAGCGGCUCGGGAUUUGUCUUGUAAAUUGUAUUGUUACGCAGACGGAGUUCAAAACCUCAACGUGGUGAUGUGGACUAGGUUCCAUUUAAUGGUUUAUGCCGAUCAAUGGUUUGUCAUCAUCUGUUCGACCAUGUGUAAAUACAAAAUGUAGUUAAGAAAUAAAGAUUAGAUGUAUAUGCACGUUUUUAAUCCAUUUGCCAUGUGCAAAUCAAGCCUUCAAUUCUAUUGUGUAAGAUUUACCAGAUUGGAACAGUUGAUUAUGUAACCUAUGUGACUGAUCAGCCUUUUAUAUAUGAAGGAUAUAAGUGAUAAUAUCAAUAUAUGAUAUUAGAAAACCAUUGAUUAGUCUGCUUGUAUUCUAUUAGUGUGACGUGAAUCUAAUACAAUAAUUGAGAAGAGGGGGAAAAAAAGACACUUUUAUUGCAUCGUAAUGGCCUUGGAAAAUACUUGCACUUUCACAUUGUUACGGAAUGGAACUGCUCUUCACUUUCAGCUCUGUGGAAUGGUUCAGUCAACCAGAGGCGGGUGUGGAGUGGCCUUUGACCCCCUUCAGCCCACUCCCACCCCUGGAGAAAGUUGGGCCAAAGUGUCUGUUCACCCUUAAGUGCUGAUUGGUCCCACAUUCACGCAAGGGGGUUACAGACCCCUUGCGGACCCACCUUGCGUCCACCGCAAGGGCCGGACGUGCGCCUCCCAAAAAUGUUAACCUUCCGUCGACGCAGCAAGUGCUGUGAUUGGUCCGCUCACUAAAACCAAAACAGGUUCGCGACUGUGCCGAAGCGUCUGCGUGGUCAUUGCGUUGCAUGAAGGUGGGACCAUAAUCAGCCCUCAACAGUCGCAAAGCACCCAUCCCCAACGUACACACAUCCAAAAGCCAUUCCACACACAUAAUCAAUAUAA